AUCUUUUCGCUCAUUCUAUAGAUCGAUUUUGACGAUCAUAUUGCUGCAUAGAUAGGUAUUACCAUUUUGGAUAAAAAAAAGCAAAGUCUAAUUGGAUACUGGUCACGGAGUUUAGCAUUUCUAGGCGAUAGAACACAUAAAAUUCAAAGACUAGCUGAACUUGAAAUCGGGAAGCAAUUCACCUCGACUGUAUUUGAUAUUCGCAUCUGACCACAAGCUAGUUGAUAUCCAUAUACCUGUUUGGAUAGAUUAUUAACCUAUAUGUAUGUACGUUGACAUACGAAAACUUGUUUGCCUUUGAAUUUUUAUACAUUGUAUUAUUAUAACUAGCACUACUCAGCUGCAUUCUACUAUUCAUAUAAAUUAUACAGUACCGAUGAGUGGAAACAUUCAGAAGCCAAAACCAUUAAAGGUAUUUGGGAGAUCCCAUUAUGCCUGUACUCGUUGCAAAGUAUCGAAGAUAAAGUGUUCCGGCGAAAGACCUGCGUGUGCUAACUGUAAAAGCAUUAACAAAGGAGAUGCAUGUGUGUAUCCUACCAAAGAUAGAAAAAUUGUCAUCAUGGAGUCGGACUUGAAUAAGUUGCACGAUAGAGUCGAAUACUUGGAAUCAAUUAUCGCGUCAUCUAACCCAUCGCACACAACCGAGCCCGAACGUGCCCCUCUUAAUACUACAACCGUGGGUACAUCUGCUUCUCAUUCGUAUCCAUCGAUGUCGACCAUAGGAUCUACGAAAAAGAUCCCAGUAAGUGGGAACGUCAUUAAUGGGAUAGAACUUGUCAACUUCUACGCGCCAGAAUUUGACGACUAUGAUUUGCAAUACAACUUGUUACUCGCUUGCCAAAACAAAUUACCUGAAAGAACCUAUGCCCUUAACUUGGUCAAUAAAGUAUAUUUCACUUAUAAUCAAGAAUUUUAUUUGUUGGCCAUUCAAGAAUUUUUGGAUUUGACCAAUGAUAUCUAUGCAUUAUUUGACGGGUUGCAGCAGGAGCAACAACAGCAAACUCUGGGACAGCCUCAGACCCACCAGAACUCUGAGCCACCGCUUAGAUCUAUAACUCAGAUCUCGCUUUGUUAUUUCUUUAUUUUAAUUGCAUUUGGUGAACAAUUGUUGAAUGUUAAAACUGACGAAAAUAAGUACCCUGGAAUGGAAUACUAUUUGUUGGCAGAACACUUGUUUCGGUUAACUAGAUCCGACCUUGAUAUCACCUUUAUGCAAAGUUCCUUGUUGUUAGGUCUUUACUCGGUCAAUUUAGCGCGUUACAAUAUUGCCUACAAUUACUUGGGAAUUGCCGCUCGUUCAGCUGUAGCCCAGGGAUAUCACCGUCAAAGAGAUAUUCCUGGAAAUAAGUCACCUGAAGAGUAUCGAGAACUUCGUAUUUUUGCAGAAAGGUCAAAGAGAUUAUGGUGGACUAUCUUUGUUAUUGAUUCUUUGUGGGCUGCAAAAACUGAAAACUUUCAAUAUACAGAUACGGAUGUUGACUUGCCAACUGAAAAUACAUUCGAUUUAGGUGAUUCAUUUGAUGGCACUAUUCUUGAGACCAACGUGCAUUUGACGAAAUAUGUCACAAAGUUUGUUCGGUUGAUCUAUGGGCCAAAUAUACGAACUUUUCUGGUUAAUUACAUCAACACCAACCAAUUUAACCAGAAACUUUUGUUGAAGAAUAUCUUAACGUCAUCAUCAGACUUGAUUAAGAAUUUUGAAUUUCCUUUGUUGUCGAAAUUUAGAGGUAUAGACUAUGUUAAUGAUGGUUCAAGAAUGCUCGCUAAUUUGUUACUUAGAUACCACCAGUUGAACAUUUUGCUCACGAAGCCCUUGCUUUCCCUCGCUACAGACCCUUCAUCUUCUGAAUUACUUGAAAACUAUCAUGAUAUUGAAGCUACAAUUGCCAAGGGGAUGUUUGUAUCGUGUAGUACCAUUGAUAUAGUGGCGAGAUUAUACACCUGCCAAAAGAUCUUUGUGUUGGGUUACUGGGACAGUCACCAUUUAUUUUCGUCCUUGAUGAUGCUUAUUAUCGCUGGUCUUCGUGGUAAGGUAUAUCCCCAGGUAAAUAAGGCAAUCGCCUUGCUUAAAUAUUUGGCAGGAAUGGGGAAUAUUAAUGCCAACACUUAUGUGAAGAAAUUAAACGAUAUUAGUUAUGAAUUACAAUGUUCAGGUAUCGCUUUCAAGCUUGAUCUUUCUGUUACUGUUGAUACUAUCGAUUUCGAUAAAAAUGAUUACUACAAAAACCCACCUUCAACAAAACCCCAAAGCAACUAUUUAUUUGAAGCUAGAACUGCUGUACCAUAUCUUCCUGAGGCUUAUGCAGACACCAUCGAGGGAAUUAACACAUUCUUAUCUUCAAGCCAUGGAAUUUCAAUCAAUGAUAAGUCUCGGGAUUUCUACAUGUCUAUAAUUAACCAUAUUCAAGGUUGGGAAAAUUAAUAAUUCGCUACAAGAUAAAAAAUUUCCCCUCUAUAUAAGAAAAUAUAUAUACAUUAAUUUAAAGGGCAUCAUUAAAGUUGAAUUGGUCGUUCAAGUUCAAUUGCUGUUCGAUCAUUUCCGUCCAUGGUCCUACGAAAUCAAGACCAAUGGUACGAUUAUUCAUAAACCAAUCAAUUACCUCACUAUCUCCCAUCAAGGUUUGCAAUGGUGUAUUAGAGUCGUUUGGUGUCAUACUCUCACUUUGCGAGAUUGAACCAUUCUUGAAAUACAGUGAUUGGCCAUACCCGAAUGAAUCCAUGGACAGCUGGGUUGUUUGCUGUUGCAUUGGAUAUGCCAUCUGAGGGCUGGGCAUGUUUUCAUUUCCGUUGCCUUCAUACUGUACUGGCUGCGGCUGGAACAUCGAUGAUGCCAUGUCAUUGGACGGCACCGGUUCCGACAUGACUUUUUGCCUUUUGGCCAUAUGCUGUUGCUCUUGCAAAUGGGCGCGUUCCUCUGCAUCUUCGGCGGCUUGCUCCUCUUCAUAGUGGUUUUUUCUUGUCUUCAUCUCAGAACACAAAUACAUUAAAACGUUUGAAUAUCUUGUGCAUAAAUGUAAUUCGUCCGGAGAACAAUCCCGUAAGGUGAUAGCAGCUCUUUGAAUUGACAGUGUAAUAUCAUCAAUGGUGAUUAAGGAAAGCGACAAGAUUGUAGAAUCAUAGUUAUCUAUCGAACUGGUAGAUCCACUCCUUGACGAAUUCUUAUGAGCCAUGAUUGUCAAAUAACAUUUUACAAUGAAAGCAACGGCUCUAACCAUUCUCGUUAACCAUCUGACCGGCAUAAACCUAAGCAUCUUUAAUCUAUGAACUCUAUGAGCAGCAUAUAACAUUUCAUUAGCCGCGGUAAAUGCCUGUUCAAUAUACUUUGCUGAUUUGGACAUUUCAUCUAAUUUCAAUGUAACCUUGCCGUGUUUUCUAUUCUUCUUUUGCUCAAGUAAAGCCCGAGGUGAUGGACUCAAUGCAAGUGAAUAAAUGUAAAGCUUCACAUAGUUGAACUCAAAUAUGAAGGAUUCCCGCUCUAUAUAUUCAGCAAUCUCAUGACACACUUUUGAGUUUGGUUUCAACCAAUGAGUGGUUAUGUUGGACACAUGCUUGAGCAAUUUAU